CACACACACACAGCCAUUAGAGCCACUGGCUUCACACCACCGAUACGGAGAAGAAGGAGAGGAGGAGAAGCAGAAACAGAGAGAGAGAGAGAGAGAGAGAGGGAUAAAGCCUCCACCAGUCCGGAUGGUUCCGGAGCUGAAGAGCCGCAGGAUGUUGAAGCUCAGCUGCUCGGGGUUCACUCAUUCAGGAUUACGGGGAUAAACCGGUUUUAAACCUGACACACAGCUCCAGCUUUCUGAUCUGGACGGAUUCAAUUCAACUCAACUCAGACAAGGAACAUUUUCAUUUUAUUUAUUUCACGCACUUGGACUAGACUGGCGCAGAUCUGCGCGUUUAUCUGUUUCCUCCCAAACAGUGACAGGCUGCAGUCAUGAAAUCAUCAUCACUCGGAGUUUAAAGCACAGGACUCCACAUCACUACCAUCCGUCUGAGUCCCAGAUUUCAAUCUAAACUUUUUCUUCUUCUUGUUUGUUGUUGUUGUUAUUGUUGUUGUUGUUGUUGUUAUUCGUCCUGCGCACUUUAAGCGCAGCCGCUGGAGAAAAAACAAAAAAUCAUCAUCAUCGUCGCGUGCGCGUUAAAAAAGAAAAACAAUACCAAAGACUGGUUUCAAUACUUUAUUUUAUAUUUUAUUUCUGAAAAUGAAACUUCAGUGUGAAGACUGAAUUACCUCACUGUUUACCGGACACUUUGGAAACAAAGUCAGGUUCGAGUCCAAAGGAGAAAUUCUGAGUGAAAAAUCAGUGAUAAGUGAAUUUGUGAGAAAUUGUUGUUGUUGUUAUUGUUGUUGGAGGUUAUUUUUGCUUCCCAAAGCCAUACGUGAAGCUCUGAAACUUUGUCCUGGAAUAAAUUUUACUUCUUCUGACCUUCACAAAGUAGCGCUGAAACGAAGGUCGGAACAAUGCCAGAUUCACCAGCCGAUGUGAAAACCCAGCCCAGGUCGACUCCACCCACAAUGCCACCCCCACCACCUGCUGUGAGCCAGGCAGCCAAUCGCAAUGCGUCAUUCACGCCCACAACCAUGCUGAACGGGAGCAGCCACUCGCCAACCGCGCUUAAUGGAGCUCCGUCCACCCCCAACGGCUUCAGUAACGGGCCAGCCGGCUCGUCCACAGCGGCUCUGCCCACGCAGCAGCUUCCCCCGGCAUGUGGAGCUCGCCAGCUCUGCAAACUCAAACGCUUCCUUACCACUCUGCAACAGUUUGGCAAUGACAUCUCACCCGAGAUCGGCGAGAGGGUGCGCAGCCUGGUGCUCGGCCUCGUGAACUCAACUCUCACCAUAGAAGAGUUUCACUCCAAACUGCAGGAGGCCACCAACUUCCCUCUUCGACCCUUCGUCAUCCCCUUUCUCAAGGCCAAUCUGCCCCUCCUGCAGAGGGAGCUGUUGCACUGUGCCCGUCUGGCCAAGCAGACCCCCGCUCAGUACCUGGCUCAGCACGAGCAGCUGCUGCUGGACGCCAAUGCCAACUCGCCACUCGACUCUUCCGAGAUCCUCCUGGAGCUCAACGAGCACGGCAAGAGGAGAACGCCUGACAGGACCAAAGAGGCGGGAGGUGAGAGAGAAGCCUUGCACACCGAGCACAUGGCGAAGCGGCCGUGUACAGUCAGCCCAAGUCAGCGCUUCAGUCCGAGCAGCGGCAUCGCAGCACACGCUCCUCCAAACGGCCUGCCCACUCACCCUCCCAAUGGCCUGGCCCACCCGAGCGCCCCUGGCCCACAGCAGUACCGCCUGGAGGACAUGGCCAUGGCUCACCACUACAGAGACGCCUACAGACACAGCGAGCACAGAGACUCUCGCGAACGCCACCGUCAGACAGCUGUUCAUGGAGCGCGUCAGGAGGAGGUCAUCGAUCACCGGCUCACCGACCGUGAGUGGGCUGAGGAGUGGAAGCACCUGGAUAACUUGCUGAACUGCAUUAUGGACAUGGUGGAGAAGACGAGGCGCUCUCUGACCGUGCUGCGGCGCUGUCAGGAGGCCGACCGUGAAGAGAUGAACCACUGGAUCCGGCGUUACAGUGACGUGGAGGAUAUGAAGAAAGACAUUCACCGAGACUUCCUUCAUCGGCCUCCGUCUGGCUACCUGCCUGAAGAGAUCUGGAGGAAGGCAGGUGCCCCCAGCAUCCCGCUCUCCCCAGCAAUAAAGCAACUGCACAACAAACAGGAGGAAGCAGUGAACGAGGUGAAAAGACAGGCCAUGUCUGAGCUGCAGAAGGCCGUGUCUGAUGCCGAGAGGAAAGCUCACGAGAUGAUCUCAGCCGAACGCUCCAAGAUGGAGAGAGCACUAGCGGAGGCCAAGAGACAGGCCUCAGAGGACGCACUGUCCGUCAUCAAUCAGCAAGAGGACUCCAGUGAGAGUUGCUGGAACUGCGGCCGCAAGGCGAGCGAGACGUGCAGCGGCUGUAACACAGCGCGGUACUGCGGCUCCUUCUGCCAGCACAAGGACUGGGAGAAACACCACCACGUGUGCGGCCAGACGCUGCAAGGGCUACCCGGAGGUGGCACCGUUCCUCUAGGAACUCCUUCCUCUUCAUCCUCCUCCUCCUCUUCUUCUUCCUCCACCUCAUCCUCUUCCAGCGCUCCGCCCACACACUCAGAGAGCACCACUCCGGGCCCUCUGUCCCUGGUUGGGCAGGCUGGCGGUGGAGGAAGCCCCAAAGACUCCAGCUCCAGCAGUGUGUCGCGUUCCACCACCCCUGCCACACCUGCCCUGCUGGACUCCUCCUCCCGCUGACCUCUGACCCCCCAGUCUGGGCACACUCACUGCUCCCGCUAACGCUGCUGCUGCUGCACCUGCACCCAAAAGAAGAAGAAAGAAAUGUUCACCACAAAUCCUCGCACUUCUUCCCACCUCUACAAGUUCCUUACUUCUUCUCAACUACCUGAAGCUCUCAUUUAACCCUAGCUCUAUAUUUAUUACAAUUUGAAGGGUCUGAUUUACUGAGGACGCAGUCAGCGAUUUUGUACAUGUCUUAUUCAAAAUAAGGCAGCAAGAAAUAAAUUCAAGCUUGGCUUUCUGAAUAAUUUAAACCCUGUGUAUAUAUAGUCAGCCCAGCACGCAUGGAGGCAGUUCACACCUGAUACACUCCGUCCUCUUCCACAGAGAGCAAUGGGACUUUUUAGAGCAGCUUGAAUCCAGGAGUUAGAUUCCUUCUGCCAGUCUAACACACACUUUUGCCCUUCUCUGGGUCUGGGUUUGUACGGCGGGUCGACAGACUUCCCUUCCCAUCCCAGCACUCCGUUCCUCAAACCAUGAAUGAUCUUUCACCGGUUUGCUUUUGGCUUUAACAAGAAAAUCCAAAAAUCCAAAAAUAAUGAUGCUAAUAAUAUUAAUAAUAAUAAAAAAAAGAAUAAAGACCUGAUAACUACCUUGCUAGCGAGCCAAGAAAAACCUACACCGGACUCACCUCUCUGUUCUGAUGUGAACCCAAAUAAAAGAAAGACAAAAAAAAAAAAAACAUGAUCCAAACCUUUUUAAUACACUGCCAAAGUUUCACGGAGAAGCACUCGUCUUGUAACCAAACGCGAACGACGCAAAACCUCCUCAAACCCAAGUCUGGUUUCUGUGGAGAGGCAGCAAGGAAAAAGGAACAAGUGAAAUUCCUGCCUCCCUCCUCUCACUGUGCCCCCUCCUUCCCGCCCUGGCUCAGUUACCCACAAUUCCCUGCUCCAACCCCAAGGAACACGGUGAAGUGACAUGCUUUCUGCCUUUGCUCAAAGCAAAAGGACAUGUAGGCAGAGAGAGAAAGCAAGGACGAGUGGACCAAACAAGACGAAUGGAAAUGAAUGUGCUCUUGGCCUCGAAAGAAAUUUGGCACCACGAAUGCCAAAAAAAUGCCCCACAAAACCCUCAAAAAGAACUGAGAACGUCUGUGCAAGGAUCGCACUCCAAGGACGAGCCUUUUGAAGCAAUUCUGGUUUUCUUUUUUUCUAAAACUCUCCCAAUUUUACACCGAGCUGUAAUUUUCACUCUCCCUCGUUUUCCAAAGCAUGAAGAGCAGACUGCUAAAAAAAAAAAAAAACCUGUCUCAUCAAAAGCAGUGUGGACUUAAUUUCUCUUCUAUCUCUCUCUCUCUAUCUCUCUCUCUCUGUUUUUUUCCUACCUCCUGCCUACUUGUCCCUUUGUCUCCUGCCCCUCGGAGCGAAUAUCUAAGAAGGGAUCAAAUGUGUAGAUACUGCUUUCUGCUUCUCAGUGUCUCUGAUGUCUCCCUGUGCUGCCUGACUUCUUCUUCUUUUUCCUUUUUCUUUUUUUUUAAAUAUAUAUGUACACUUUCUCUCUUUGUCUUGUUUCAGUUUGGGCCAGACAUGUAAAAACGUUCAGAGGGGAGAAAUCUUUAGAGUAGAAGCUCCUCAUGUGUUUUAUAUCACUUGUGUUUAGAGACAGUGAGAGGACGGAGGUGCAAUAUGAGAAGAGAAUUCAGCUACUGAACGGAACCUCAGAAACCACCCUUAGGGUACCUUAUAAUAUAAAUCUACAUAUAAAUCUAUUUAAAAUCACAACCAUAACUUAAUGUGAAUGUAUAUAGUAUUUAAAAGUAAGAGGUCCAAAAAAAAAAAAAAAAAAAACCACGUGUUUGCCAAAUAACAGAAAGUAUAACGUCUACGAAUAAUUUCUCCGUUUUUUUCCCCUUCCCAAAUCGAAGCAAUUGUAAUUACUCAUUCAGACCCAUGCAUUUUUGUCCCGUCAGUUUUACUCUGUAUAUUGUGUAAUCUAUAGAUGUAGGUGACAACGAGUCCUGAUUUUCCCCGAGUCACAGGCGUUCGUGGGUAAACAAGAAGUUCAAUUCGAUCUGCCAGUUGCAAACCUGAUCGUAUGACAUCAUCAUCAUCAUAUUUUACCUAAUGUUAACUUGGCUUUAAAGGAGCAGCUUGUAAAUUUGCUGCCUCUGCAAAACCAGGACCUACGUAGGUGAAACGGGGGAGGUGAAUCUCAGAGCUGGUGACUCAUCACUGCUUGUACAGUUUAUUGCCCUAGUGCGAUUCGAAGUGUGUGUUUAACCAGGAUGCUAAUGGCAGGCUCCCAGAUAAGGACAGAAAGUCACUUCCUGUGUGAAAUGUUGCACGCUUUCUCACUGAACUAACCUCCAGCGUAGUCGUGGUCCAAAUCUGACACCAGAAUCAAACUUUUUUUUUUGUUUUUUUUUUUAAUUCGUUGUCUAUACUGCGGUACAGAGCUACAGUUUUCCCUCAUGCAGUCGUCAGCUUUCUCUCUAGAGGCAUUGGAGUCCGAUAAACACACUGAAGAGAGUGUGGAAUGAGGUUUUUAUUUAUUAUUAUUAUUAUUAUUAUUAUUAUUAUGAAUAAAGGAUCAUGUAAUUAUAUAAUGAUGCCCAAACUGAAAAAAAGCCCUUAAGAAUAAAUCAAGUCCAUCACCCUGAAAGAACUGCAGGUUUAAAUGCACUCCAUACUGAGUCGACUGAACGGCCAGAAACAUUUUGUGCACUCAGACGUCCUGUCCACAUGCCAUACCUCGAAUACGGACCAAACUUGAAGGUUUCCUGCUUCGUGUCUCGUCCUAUUUAGCGCUUUUUUGAUGUCGGUUCCUUUAAUUUAAGUACAGUGCAUUGAAUAUCGAAUGAUCUAUUUUCUUAUUUCGAAAUUAAUAUAUGAAGUCUUUCACCUAUUCCUAGUCUUUCACCUGUGUAUGAUGAAGCAGGACUACAGAGCUGUGUGUGCCUCCGUCCCCCAAUUGUUAAUCCUCAGCCUUCCGUCUCCUCAUUAGCUACCUCCUGUCCAAGAGUGUGAGAUCUACGUGUGCUCAGAGAGCCGUGCCAUUAGCAGACAUGCAAACCCGCUGCCAUAUGAAGAAGCAACUUUUGUUCAGUUGAUAUUCCCGUGUUAUUUUAGGGUUUAGACAGAGAUACAAGUUCGGGUUUUAGACCAAGAGGAACGAAAGGCUUUGUUCACGCAGCAGGGCAAACCUGAACAUCAGCAUUGUAAAUUACAAAUGAUCAAAUAUGCAUUGUUUGGACUGUCACACCAUUUGCUCCAUUAGUUGCCGUAGUAACGAUGCAAUGAUGCAGAUGUGCAUGCUGAGCUUAAAUGUACCAAAUGAUAAAAGAUGCAGCUGAUGUGACAGGACAAACUAGUACAGUAUCAUUUCCAGAAAUCCAAUCAGAUUUGAAAUGACAUACAAAUGUGGCUUAAGUCUGAUUCAGGAAAAAAAAAAAAGUUGUUUUAUUUUAGCGUUCCUGAACAUGUCAGAAAACUGGAUUUGACCCCUUUGUCUGAACAAAGCUGAAGUCAUGCUACAGUGGUGCGUAAGUUUGUGAACCCUUUUGAAUUUUCUAUAUUUCUGCAUAAAUAU